AUGUGUCAUAAUAUUGAAUCAGGUGAGAAAAUACAAGAGGCGAUUAAAGACUUAGCAGGCACUCAUGUUACUAAUAUCAUGCCUAAUUGUGAAGGGUGGGCUCUUGCUGAAAAUGAAAAAAAUAAUCAGAGAGAGCCUUGGAAACGAAUAACAGAACAAAUCAGAAAUUUAUUAGAAAAUAUGUUUCACAUGGGGAUAGCAGAUAGCAAAAACAAAUUCACAGGUCAAGAAAUACAUGAUGAACUAUUGAAAUGGGCUCAAUGUGGUGAAUUUGAUCAAAGUGAUAUUCCAAAAGUAACUACUAUUAAUAACUGGAUUGCGACUUUUACAACAAAACCCACCCGAACAGACAGAAAAGGAAAGUGUACAAAUACUAGUACUAUACCAGUUGAUGAUGCUGGCUCCCAACAUGAUUCACAUUCUUAA